AUGAUGAUCACCACGCCUUUGGCUCACCUCGAUGCAGAAGCAGUGGGACGUCGACAUCCAGCCUUCGUUGAGGUUUGCGUGUACAAUCUUCUACGAACACAUCCAUGGCUUUCUGAGCCGGAACCAACUAAAGAGGACGCAGCCUACAUUACAGUUCUCCUUCUUGUGCUGAAUGCUCACCCGGGGGCGCCCGGAAUAGCCGCACAUUUUCCUCGACAUCUGGCAACUUCACAGCGUCAGCGACUGGAUGAGGGUGCGGAAAUAGCGACAAGUGACCAGCUCUUGCGGUUUCUCACAUCCACUGUGGAAAUGCUGCGUCGACACACAUUGGAAUGUAUCGAUACGCUGCCAAAAGGACAGGUAGAACCCAUGGAUGUUGACGGCAGUUUAGCUGUUGAUCUUCAACUAUGUCAACGAUUAAACCGGCUGAAGCACGUGUUGAGCCUGGAAUUGAAAGUGUGUCAGCAGACUGUCGAAGGUGGUCCCUGGUUGGGCGAUUUACCCUCAUGGCUCAGUUGUCUCCUUACCGCCGUUCACUCUCUUCUCUCAGCUUGUCUACCAAACAAUAACUUCACCGUCUUUGAUGCCAUUGACGCUAUUACCACACCGGAUCAACAGACUGCCUUGUUGAAACAAGCUCGUCGACUGUUGUUGAAGGCAGAACACAUGUACCUGGGUCUUAAUUCCUCCGAAGUCUCUGCAAUCUGUGCCCUUCGAUUAGUCGCUCAAGGCCCGCCCCUCCUCCUAGACAUGGAGGCAGUUCGGCAAGCAGUAAAACAGAUCGCGGAGAUCUGUCCGAAGGCGGAUGAGGUAGCCGCAGCAGUAGGACGAAUCCGCAAGCUCCACGCUCAGCUUCUUCAUCCACCACCGGUCAUGUCAGACGCGAAUGCAGUUACAAGGACUGGCCGUGGAACUUUGCCAGAAAUCAAAUUUACUGCUCUUCUAGCCUCAGCUGCUGUCCGAAUUUGGGCUGUUGUGACAGGUUUAUCUUUAGACCAGGCCAGGGAAAAUGUUCGUGUGAUCUACCGUCGGCCAGACACUGGGAAACAGCAGCAGCGACGGUCUUUUUGGCAACCGCCAGCUCGUGCUUGGACACUUCUAGAAUCACCUCUUCCAACUAGUAAUGGGGACAAGUCCAUGUCUUGCAUUUCCUCCAAGACACCAACAUUGGAGCUGCAGGUUCGUUGA